AAUAAAUAAAGGAAAAUACCCAUUAAACAUUUGUAAAAAAAGGUUUUUUGGGGAUUAUUAACUAACUAACAUAAUGGUGCGCCUUCACGUAGCUCUCCUUCUUCUCUUCAUUGCCGUCUCCACCGCCAUCGUAUCAGCUACCGAUAAACCGUCGGUAACCACCGCCGGACCUCCAACCGCAACAACUCCGACCAGUGGAGAUGUCGAGGCAGCAGAGGCUCCAGGAGACGACAAUGCCAUCGGAACAACCGACGAUGAUGCACCUGGUACUCCCGGAGAUGAUGAUGUGGCAGUCGCCGGACCUAUCGGAAGCGAAACUUCGUACGCAAACUAUCCGCCGCCUCAGCAAACUUCCGGCAGUGGCGUCACCGCUAUGAUUGGAGUCGUUUCUGUCGCUGCUACGACGGUUGGAUCGUUCUUCUUUUUCUGAGGUGUGAUUGGUGCAUGUAAUUUAAGAAAUUAAUAAUGUUUUUAUUGAAUGUUUUGGAGUAAUAACUUUUUUCCUUGUAGAUGUAUCAUGUAUAAGCAUUUUGCUUGUCCCUUCAUGUAUAACAUUGGGACGGUACAUAUCAUUACAACAUAAAAAACUUUGUGUAUGUGAUUCUCAUAUAUAUGGUUUAUUGUGUAUAAUACCUUGUGAUUAUUUA